AUGCAAAGCAGAUACGGCUCCGCCAUCACACACGUCCAAAGCGGCAUAAAGAUCUUAUGCGAGGUUAAGUACAACGAGGAAACCCGUCAACAUCAACAUGAUUCCCUUAAAGCAUCCAAAAUACCAUAUAUAUCCAUAGGAAUGCUAGAAGAGAUGUUCGUGCGUCUUGACUUUCAAGUAUCGCAGAUGGUUGCCGAGCUUGAAUCAAUGGAAAAUCGCGCACAGAAACAAGAGAUCCCAGCUAUAUUCACUAGUUUAUCGGUGGCCCGAGAAAGGCUCGUAUCUCACUGGCACGUAACGUCUCACUCUACAAGCGAUGUAUGGGAUCCUUUCAGUAAGAAGCUCACAGUUCCCCUGGCUGGGGCCUGGCAGAAGAAAUCGUCUAGCAUUCUAGCGAGAUGGUCAUCAGCAUAUGAUGCCUACUUAAACAUUCAGGGUAAAAAUCUAACGGGUAGAAAACGAAAAGGAACCGCUGUUUUGCACAUCCUCAAGGAGCUUGGGUCUACAGCGGUGGUGCUCACUAAAACGACGGUCGAUGACCAAAUGGAGUGGGACGUCUUCUGCUCCAUGUUUGACAAAAUCGUCUCCUUGGCGGAGGAUAUCGUUGAGAUUGACCAGAAAUCAACUGAAGGGAGGCCGACAUUCUGCAUUGAUAUGGCCCUCAUUGGACCUUUAUUUGCCGUAAGCUUUUUAUCCAUUGCAGAUCCUAUCAUUCGGAGAAGGGCAAUCUCAGUUCUCCAAAAUUACAAUCGGACAGAAGGGGUAUGGAAUUCUUUUGCGACUUACAAAGCUGCCCAAAGAGUUCUUGAUAUCGAAGAAACUGGAUUACAGAACUUAACAAGUUGCGAGGAUGUCCCAAACUGGACUCGCAUCUCGAACGUAUCACUGAAUUUUAAUCCUACCGAGCGGAGGGCAACUCUGAGCUAUAGCCGGCCAAGAGAUGAGUACGAUGUGACGAAACAGAUGACGGAAGUAAUCGAAUGGUAG